AGCUAGCUUGUGGCCAGGGACCGACCGAUCGGAUAGAUGGUCGUGGAGGAAGCCAAGCCGACGCCGCCGCCGGAGAAUUCUACCACCAGUCUCGACGAGGUUUCCACGGCGGCCCGAACCCAGAGCUUCUUCAAUGCCUUACAGGAACUCAAGAACUUGGGGCCUCAACUUUAUUCUGCUGCGGAGCGUACGGAAAAAUCAUACCGAUAUGGCAAGCAGAGUUGGAUGGUGGUGGAGAACCUAAGAGAAUAUGCAAAGAGAGCAGUGGUGAGUGCAGUAGACCACAUAGGCACAGUGGCUUCGAAACUGAACCAAAUCAUGGACGACGACGAAGAACAAACACGACUACUAAAGGACAUGGAGUCCAAGGUGGAUUGUCUCCACCAAAAACUCCUUACCUGCAAAGCCUAUAUUGACAAAGAAGGCCUCCGACAACAGCUCCUCCUUCCCGCCGAUCACACCCACCACAAACAUUACACUUUGCCUGCUCUUGCAGUCGGGAAGAAGGUCGACUCCUCUAGCUUGCAGCCCACUGAAAUGUGUAGUCACUUGCAAAACAAACCCACUAAGCCCAAACUUGUUCUCUUUGGUUCGCCAGCUCCCAAAACUCUUUCAUGGCAUAUAGCAACCCAAGCCAAAUCAAAACUAAAAAGGGCUUCAUACUCUCUUUUCAUGAGGGAUGAGAAUACAAAGAUGAGUGGAGGAAGAACAUCGACGACGUCAUCAUUAGGGGCGGAAGAGGGUACGAGGACAAAAACGUCAGCGUCAACUCGGCGUAGAUCACUGAGGCCAGGUCCGGCAUCAUUUGUUGCCAUGCAAACCUUGGGAAUUGAUUCGUCGGAGGGCUAUAAACCUAUUAUUGUUGCGGCCCCGAAUCAGCAGUCAUUUGGUGACGACCAAGAAGAGAAUGCUAAACUUCAUGUGCCAUCAAGGAGCAAUAAUAAUAAUAUUGCACGUUCUACCACUUUGUUUGUGAAGCACAAAAUUAAACGAGUGAUGAUUAGGACGGGAGCUUAAUUAAUUAGUGCACAUAUAUAAAGUUUGAUAAAUUAGGUGACAUUUACAAUUCUAAAUAUUAUAGAAUGAAUACAUUUGUACAAG